AUGGAUGGUGCCAAGGAUGUUCUCACUCCCAUGAGUGUAUCUAAUCCCCUCCUUCCGGUUGACUCCACCCCAACCGUUGAUCCCACCCAAUACCGAAAACUUGUUGGUUCCUUACAAUACCUAGCCUUUACUCGACCGGAUAUCUCAUUUGUUGUCAACAAACUCUCCCAAUUCAUGCACACCCCUAGACAAUCUCAUUGGCAAGCCCUUAAACGGGUUCUCCGCUAUUUGAAAGGAAUGGGCGUUACAGACUCUCCCUUGACACUUCGUGCAUUCUCUGAUUCGGGUUGGGGAUGGGUCAAUGUUGGAGGGCGGUCUACUACAGCAUAUAUUUUAUACCUUGGUGCUAAUAUUAUCUCUUGGCGUUCUUCUCGCCAAAAGACGGUCUCCCGUUCAUCUACCGAGGCCGAGUACAAAGCCGCGGCCAACGCAGCUGCCGAAAUCGAUUGGGUACAGAAUCUCCUUCAUGAACUUGGAAUUCCACCGCUACGCACGCCUCAAGAAUUGGGUAUGGCUCCUAUUGUGAAGGUGGUUCUAGGCUCUAUUGCUUUUGCUGUAUUUUGGGUUUUGGCUGUUUUUCCUGCUGUCCCCUUUAUGCCUAUUGGAAGAACAGCAAGGUCACUACUUGGUGCCAUGCUCAUGGUUCUUUUUCAAGUUUUAAAGCCUGAUCAAGCGUAUGAUUCUAUCAAUCUUCCAAUUCUUGGUCUUCUUUUUGGUACAAUGGUCGUAGGUAUCUAUCUUGAAAGAGCUGAUAUAUUCAAAUAUUUAGGCACGUUGCUUACAUGGAAAAGCCAAGGACCUAAAGAUUUGCUUUGUCGAGUUUGCUUAGUUUCGGCAGUUUCUAGUGCUUUUUUCACCAACGACACGUCAUGUGUUGUAUUAACUGAGUUUGUACUCAAAAUUGCUAGACAACAAAACCUCCCACCCCGUCCUUUCUUACUAGCACUUGCUUCCAGUUCAAAUAUUGGGUCUGCUGCUACACCGAUCGGUAACCCUCAAAAUUUGGUUAUAGCAGUUCAAAGCAAGAUACCAUUUGGGAAAUUCUUGUUGGGGAUUGUAUUAGCAAUGGUGGUGGGCAGUUGUGUAAAUGCUUUGAUUCUGUUAUGCAUGUUUUGGAAGGUGUUAUCUGUUCAGAAAGACGAAAAAGAACCUCCAACAGAGGUAAUUAACCGGCCAGAAGAAGAUGUGAAUUCGCAUAGGUUUUCACCCGCUACAAUGUCACAUCUUACAUCUCAAGAUCUCAAUGAAGCCAUAAAUAGUCAUACCUUUCCAGGUCGUAGUGGACGCAUAGACGUUAAUGCUCUUAGGAAUCGCGUAGUUGGUCUCGGUGAUGCAAAUGGCACGAAAGAUGUUAUGGAAAAUGGACCAUUGCACAAGUUUGCUAAAUGGAAGUUGAUAUUAUGGAAGAUAGGAGUUUAUGUUAUUACACUGGGAAUGUUAGUAUGUUUCCUCAUGGAAUUAGACAUGUCAUGGACCGCCGUUACAGCUGCAAUGGCUCUUGUGAUUCUUGAUUUCAAGGAUGCUAGACCAUGCUUAGAAAAGGUUUCUUACUCACGGUUGAUAUUCUUUUGCGGGAUGUUUGUGACCGUUGAAGGCUUCAAUAGAACAGGAAUCCCAAGUGCGAUAUGGAACUUUGUGGAACCUUAUGCCAAAAUUGAUCAAGUUAGCGGUAUCGCGGUUCUUGCUAUUGUGAUAGUUGUUUUAUCAAAUCUUGCUUCAAAUGUGCCAACAGUACUCUUGCUUGGAUCAAGGGUGGCAGCAGCGGCUGCUACUAUAUCACCCGAAAAGGAGAAAAAAGCAUGGCUAAUAUUGGCUUGGGUGAGCACAGUAGCCGGGAAUUUGUCACUACUCGGGUCAGCCGCUAUCCUGAUUGUGUGUGAACAAGCUCGUCGGUCUCAAAACUAUGGGUACAAUCUUACGUUUUGGAAUCACCUUAAAUUUGGUGUUAUUUCCACCAUUGCAGUUACAGCUGUUGGCUUGCCACUUAUUAUGUUUAUUGCAUAA